UGUUUUAUCUGCACAUAACAAAUUGAUUAGCAGCAUCUUUUUUUUUGGUUUCCCAUUAAUGUAGUCCCUUGGGUCCUAAUUACUUGAAGCAUUUAUUUUUCUAUUUGCUGAAGGCUUGGAGAAUAAUUUGACUAGGCUACAAGCUAUUGAUUGGGUUAAUUUGUCAAAAAUGAUUCUCAGCCUAGGUAAUUAAUUUCCUUUUUGUUGGCUUUAUAUCUUAUAUGGUGCAUUUAGUUUUGUAAGGAAAAUGGACAUUUAUAGUAUCACAUGGUCUUAUCAUACAUAGAUUAUACCGUACCUGCUCUUUGGGUGUAAAGAUAACCUUCAUGGGUGAUGGUCUCCCAAAGAUCGAGGUUUUUCCAGACUAUUUUGCAGCUUCAACACCAACUGGUGGUUGCAUUGAGAAAAACAACUCUACUAAUUCACAGCCAAUAACUGAAUAUUCCUUGAGGUCCCGUGGUCAUUUUUGGAGUCGAAAAUUAAUCAGUGCUGCAGCUAUGUUAAACUUUUUCGGUAGACAAGGGUUUCAAUGGGGAACUGGAACCAGUGAUAAGGUUGAACUAACUACUGCGGAGGUCAAAUCUUUUCAAUCAGAGAUUGCUGAUUUAGAGGAAAGAGAAGCCCAUCUGAGAGCUCAGUUGGAACAUCUUGAUGAACUUUUGAGGUCUGCGCGUCUGUCUGGCUAUUUGUUUAUUCGAAGUAGAUGGACGGCAUUACCAGGAGAACCUCCUAUAAUUGAUUCUGAUGUUGAUGAUUGGCUUCCACGUUUUGUCGUUCUUCAUGGCGGAUGUAUCUUCUUAUAUUUACUAUCUACAGAUCUGAGUCCUCAAGACUCAACCCUACUAUCUGAUAUUGUGGAAGUAGGCCCACUGCCAAGUUUUGUCCAGGAAGAUGAGCAGACACGAUAUUCGUUUUAUAUUUCAACUUGUCAUGGACUGAGAUAUGAAUGCUCAAGUCAUUCUGAAAUUCAGAGCUCGAAUACCACACUAAUCAUAGCACGGAAAAGUGGAUUUCGUCAACAGAGAGAGACCCAAUAUGGCCACGGAGACCACAGAAACCUCUUAUAUAUCAAAUUGAAAUCCUCACUCCGGUGUCUGGUGUACGGUUCUGUAGCACACUUGCACGGCCUUUUCACUAAACACAAUUUGUAUUUCUCGAGACCCAGAGCUCGGGAGGCGCUGUCUCUGGUUUACCAUAAGCUUCAGCAAUCGAAGAUGAGCUCCCAGAUCUGCAAGUCUGCUGUCUCGAAGUCUCUGAGGGCACUCAUUUCUGCCUCGAAAAGCUCUCCCGUUUUCGCCGAGGGGCGAGCUGUAGCAGCAGCAGCAACCUCAUUGAGAGGAAAGUUGCCUUCUUCUGCUUCAUUUUACGGGAGAGCAAAUUGCCAUAAUGCAUCUAGAGGAUGGGUUUCAGGAGCCCUAGCCCUUCCAGCAGCAGUUUAUAUGCUCCAGGAACAGGAGGCACAUGCUGCUGAGAUGGAACGCACUUUUAUUGCAAUUAAACCUGAUGGAGUGCAGCGGGGACUGAUUGCAGAAAUUAUAUCACGCUUUGAGCGUAAAGGGUAUAAGCUUGUGGCUAUUAAGUUAGUGAUCCCUUCCAAGGAAUUUGCUCAGAAGCAUUACCAUGACCUUAAGGAAAGACCUUUCUUUAAUGGUCUGUGUGACUUCCUUAGCUCUGGUCCUGUCCUUGCCAUGGUUUGGGAAGGAGAGGGAGUCAUAAAAUAUGGUCGUAAACUUAUUGGAGCCACAGAUCCACAAAAAUCCGAGCCAGGGACCAUCAGAGGUGAUCUUGCAGUUGUUGUUGGAAGAAAUAUCAUUCAUGGGAGUGAUGGACUUGAAACUGCUAAGGAUGAAAUCAAUCUUUGGUUCAAGCCAGAGGAGUUGGUUAGUUACACAAGCAAUGCAGAGAAGUGGGUCUAUGGAGUCAACUGAUCAUUGAUAACCUUAUUCUUGUUCCUUUUCCUUUACUGCCUCUGUUACUACUAAUUUGGUGAAAUAUGGUAUUACGCCCUCUGGCAGUUGGUCCUCAGGAUCAGAUGGGUUAGAGAGUGAAAUUUGUGCAUGAGUAUCAGAAUAAAAAUGAUUUUGUAGAGGUGAGCGACUCUGCGGCUCUCCUUUUCCGAGAAAUCUGAAACUGAAAAUAUGGCAAUAAUUCAGUAUAAUUAUGUGGUCACUUUGAGAGUUAGAUAUAUGGGGAAUUCCUUGGA